GGGUUGUCUCGGUUCCUGUGCUGUCUCUGGCAGCAGCAGCAGGCAGCGGUCUCCGACGCAUCUGGAAGGAAGCGGAAAUAUACGUCGCAAGCUAUUUCGUUUUUUUAGCAAAACCAGACGCAUUUUGUACAUUUACCACUUCUGCUAGGUUUGGAUUUGAAAUAAUAAAUACAUUUCAUCAAGCAAGACGUUAACAUUUCAAAGUUAAACUGGCGGGGUACCUUACUGUGACCUUUAUGUGAGGAUCCAGCCCUAAAGGAACGGGUCAUAGACGGGAGGAGAGACUCGGAGCAAGCAACCAAUAACGGAAUUCUGGAUCUGGGUUUUUAUUUUGAGACUUCCGGUGUCCACAGAAUUGUGAGAAGCAUUAAAACAACAGUGACCCUAUCAAGUACACCAAAACCCCGGUUAGACACAGGUGUCCAGCAAGCAGUACCAUGGAGGCUGUAGCCAAAUACGAUUUCAAAGCCACUGCUGACGACGAGUUAAGUUUUAAACGUGGGGAAGUGCUAAAGGUAUUAAAUGAAGAGUGUGACCAGAAUUGGUACAAAGCAGAGUUGAAUGGGAAAGAUGGCUUCAUCCCCAAGAACUACAUAGAGAUGAAAGCUCACCCGUGGUUCUUUGGGAAGAUCCCCCGGGCCAAAGCAGAGGAGAUGCUGAACAAACAGAGGCAUGACGGAGCCUUCCUCAUCCGAGAGAGCGAGAGCGCACCCGGGGACUUCUCCCUCUCUGUCAAGUUUGGGAAUGAUGUCCAGCAUUUCAAAGUCCUGCGCGACGGGGCAGGGAAGUACUUCCUGUGGGUUGUGAAGUUCAACUCGCUCAAUGAGUUGGUGGACUACCACCGCUCGACCUCUGUAUCCCGCAACCAGCAGAUCUUCCUGCGUGACAUUGAGCAGGUCCCCCAGCAUCCUACAUAUGUGCAGGCGCUAUUUGACUUCGACCCUCAGGAGGAUGGCGAGCUGGGCUUCCGGCGUGGCGACUUCAUCCAGGUCCUGGACAACUCUGACCCCAACUGGUGGAAAGGAGGAUGCCACGGGCAGACGGGCAUGUUCCCCCGCAACUAUGUCACACCUGUCAACCGGAAUAUGUAAACAAACGCACAAACCACAACAGUCACGGCGAACCCCUUGGCCCCCUCACCCCCGAGCCCUUGUGACAUCAGGAGCAGAGAGGAAGAAUGCAACAAGAAAAAAAAAAAAAAGAGGAGUAGUGUUGUUAGAGGCAUCACCUUGUCGGUGGCAGCUGAGCAAAACCAACUUUUAACACUGAGAAUGUUUGCCUCCAUAGUGAACGCUUAAUGCAGGACUGAACUGUCAUUGAGGGAAAAUACAGAGAAACUAAGCGUAGUGCUCCAAAAGUGAAGAAAA